AACAAAUAACAAUAUUACAGAAAUAUGUCAAUUCCUCCAAUUUCUAUUCCUUCUCCAUACUCUAAUAAUAACUCUUCUUCUCCUUCUUCGCCAUCUUCUCAACACUCUUCUCCUCCGUUGGUUAUUCUUAGCCCCUGUGCUGCCUGCAAAAUCCUUCGCCGCCGAUGCGUCGACAAAUGUAUUCUUGCUCCUUAUUUUCCUCCUACUGAGCCUUACAAGUUCACCAUUGCUCAUAGAGUCUUUGGUGCUAGCAAUAUCAUCAAGUUCUUGCAGGAACUGCCCGAGUCUCAAAGAGCAGACGCAGUAAGCAGCAUGGUUUACGAAGCAAAUGCAAGAAUUCGAGACCCGGUUUACGGAAGUGCCGGAGCGAUUUGUCAGCUUCAGAAACAAGUGAAUGAUCUACAAGCUCAAUUAGCUAAAGCACAAGCUGAGGUUAUGAACAUGCAAUGCCAACAAGCCAAUUUUGUUGCACUAAUUUGCAUGGAAUUGCAGCAAUCUCAUCACCACCAAGAACCCUAUUUCCAGCAGCAACAGUUUGUCGAUACAACUUGUUUUCUUGACGAGACUAAUUUUGGAACAUCUUGGGAGCCUCUCUGGACAUGAUUAGACCAACAAUACAUAUAUUUAUACGCAUUAAUUAAAGAAAUUAAUGUUAAAGAAGUCUUUGAUUGAUGAAUUUUCCGUUAGUCCAAUGUUGACAAGUUGAAAAACAAAAUUUAGCUAGAAAAUGAAAAAGAAACAGAUGGCAACGGGUCUUUUCUUUUUCGUAAUUGUAAUUCUUGGGUAUGAAGAUGGGAUUCAAUUAUUUUUCUGUUAUUAAA